GCCUCCAUUUCUGACCUCGACUCCUCCGUCUCUUUCUCCCUCGUUGCUUUUCUUUCUCCUCCAACCUCCCAUGGAAGCUUCUACAGCUCUUUCUCGCAUAGGCCUUGCCGGCUUGGCCGUCAUGGGCCAAAACCUCGCCCUCAACAUCGCUGAGAAAGGCUUCCCCAUUUCCGUUUACAAUCGCACCACUUCCAAGGUUGAUGAGACUGUAGAUCGCGCCCAUAACGAAGGUAAUCUCCCUCUUUUUGGUCAGUACAAUCCUCGUGAUUUUGUUCUCUCUAUUCAACGUCCUAGAUCGGUUAUCAUCCUCGUUAAGGCUGGUUUGCCCGUCGAUCAAACCAUUGCUGCCUUGUCUGACCACUUGGAGCCUGGUGAUGCAAUCAUUGAUGGUGGUAAUGAGUGGUAUGAGAAUACUGAGCGUCGAAUUGCGCAGGCUUCUGAACGAGGGAUUCUUUAUCUUGGGAUGGGGGUUUCUGGUGGUGAAGAUGGUGCUCGUCAUGGUCCCUCGUUGAUGCCUGGAGGAUCUUUUCAGGCUUAUUCUAAUGUUCAAGAUAUUCUCAAGAAGGUAGCUGCUCAAGUUGAUGAUGGUCCUUGUGUUACUUACAUAGGUGAAGGGGGUUCCGGAAAUUUCGUUAAGAUGGUGCAUAAUGGUAUUGAAUAUGGUGAUAUGCAGCUCAUUUCGGAGGCCUACGACGUUUUGAAACAUGUCGGAGGGUUGUCCAAUUCCGAAUUGGCUGACAUUUUCUCUGAGUGGAACAGGGGGGAGUUGGAGAGCUUUCUAAUUGAGAUAUCAGCUGAUAUCUUUAAAGUUAAAGAUGAACAUGGUGAUGGGGAAUUGGUCGAUAAGAUUUUGGACAAGACUGGGAUGAAAGGAACUGGGAAAUGGACUGUGCAGCAAGCUGCUGAGCUUUCCAUUGCAGCACCAACGAUUGCAGCCUCGUUGGAUUGUAGAUACUUGAGUGGAUUGAAGGACGAGAGGGAAAGUGCGGCGGAGGUGUUGAAGGAAGCAGGUAUGACGGAUAGUGUAGGAUCCGUGAGAAGUGGGAUUGACAAGAAGAAGUUGAUCGAAGAUGUAAGGCAAGCUUUGUAUGCCUCCAAGAUUUGCAGCUAUGCUCAGGGGAUGAACUUGCUAAGGGCCAAGAGCUUGGAGAAGGGAUGGAACUUGAAUUUUGGGGAAUUGGCGAGGAUUUGGAAAGGUGGGUGCAUCAUAAGAGCUGUGUUCUUGGACAGGAUCAAGAAGGCAUAUCAGCGCAAUCCCAACCUUGCUAGCUUGCUGGUGGAUCCUGAGUUUGCUAGAGAGAUGGUGCAGAGGCAGGCUGCUUGGAGGAGAGUCGUGGGGUUGGCCAUAUCGGCAGGGAUCAGCACCCCGGGGAUGUGUGCUAGCCUUGCCUAUUUCGACACAUACAGGCGUGCUAGGCUGCCUGCCAAUCUUGUGCAGGCGCAAAGAGACUUAUUUGGGGCUCAUACAUAUGAGCGGGUGGAUCGCCAAGGCUCCUACCACACAGAGUGGACAAAGCUGGCUCGCAGUGCUGAUGCUGGAGUUGGCAUUUUCAACUGAGCCUUUGAGCUGCCUACCAAUUUGGCUGGUUUUCUUUCUCUGCUUCAAUUGGGUGCAAAUUUCCUACUUGAUUUUGCUUGCCCAUUUCAAAAGUUAGUAGGUUUUCUUUUUUGUAUCACAGUUUGGACAGUCUUCCAUGCUUCUUAGGGGAGUAGAUAGCAGAUAAUUUUUACUGGCCUUGAGUAUUUGCUAUGAAUAAUAAUUAAUAAGGAAAAAACAAGAAAGAAGCAACAGCUGCAGAAUGGCCAUUGAGUUC